AUGCACCUCUCAAAAACAUUCAUCACAGCGCUCAUCGCAACCCUGACCAUCUUCUCAUCCCUUUCCAGUCCAACAACGGCCCAACCACCCCUCAACACAAUCCUCUGCUACCAAUGCCUUGAAAAGGCCGCCGUCGCCAUCACACCCUCCUGUGCCGGUCUCGUCAGCACGCCCCUCUCCGCCAUCAUCAACCCCCUCGCCCUCACCGAUGCCCAGAAAUCCUGCUACUGUGGCCUGGGCGCGGCGUCGACGUCCUGGGCUAAAACUUGUGACGCCCCCGAGACCUGUGAUAGUGGGACGAUCACGCAGUACAUCCAGUCGUUUGCAGUUGUCAAGGGGACGGUUUGUCUUGCGGCGGGAAUUGGCAACUCAUUGACUGGGGGUAAUGGGGCGGGUCAGGUGGCGGUGCCGGUGGCGGUGGCGGUGAAGGUUGCUGCAGGCUUGGCUGCUGCCGUAGUGGGCGCUGUUUCUAUUUUCUGA